AUGGACUUUGACAUUAUGCUACAAAUUGUCCUAAAAGGAUCAUCAAGCCGACUUCGAAAGCAAGCGUUACGGGACCCUAAAAUGACGCUCAAAGAUUUACUGAUCGCCGGCAGGCAGAUAGAAAUGAGUAACUUUCAAGUGGCCGACAUUGAACAAAAACAAUUCGAACGGCAGGAACUACACGCUCUACGGAAAAACACGCGUCAACAGCCUUCCAAAGGCACUUGUCGAAAUUGUGGCGGCGAAUGGCCACACGAGAAGGGCAAUUGUUCUGCUCGGGGGAAAGAAUGCAGAAAGUGUGGCAAGCUAAAUCACUUCGCCAGACAAUGUCGUUCGUCGAAACCCGACAACGAA